GUGCCAAUCAUUCCCCAGGAUCGCUUGGAUCAUACUCUCGCCGAUCGGCCCCUCGAACUCAAUGCUGCGACGUUGUCCGGCUUAUCGCAAUCAAAGGAUCCCGGCCAGACGGUGCUGUACUUGGCUUACGGCUCGAACCUGUGCUACGAGACAUUCCAAGGGAAACGUGGCAUCAGACCUGUGGCCCAAGUAAAUGUGCUCGUGCCGGAAUUGCGCCUCACCUUCGAUCUACCCGGCGUGCCAUACCUCGAACCUUGCUUCGCCAAUUCUGGUCCGAGAGACCCCUCCAACCCGUCGCAAACCGACCCCGCACCUGCUCUUUCUGAGACAUCUCCACUCAUUCGCGACGCUCCUGACUAUCAUAAAGAUCGGUGGAAGAAGGGCAUGGUUGGUGUCGUCUAUGAGGUUACGUUGCCCGACUACGCGCAUAUUAUUGCGACCGAGGGCGGCGGAACGGCAUAUCAGGACGUGCUGGUGACCUGCUACCCACUCACGGAAACGGAUACUGUGCCGGAGCAUCCCAAUACCCCACCGUUCAAGGCGCACACGCUGUUCGCACCGGCGGUCGCACCUUCCAAGCCAGGUGAUCCUCCGCGAAAGGAUGGUGGCCGCUUUCAGCGUCCGGAUACUUCGUACGCGCAAGCUUCGGCACGCUACAUGAAGUUACUCACAGACGGAGCGGAAGAACAUGGGCUGCCGCAAGACUACAAGAACUAUCUGUACGACAUUAGACCGUACACGAUCACAACUCGGCGACAGGGCUUUGGAAAGAUUGUGUUUACGGCGUUGUGGCUGCCUCUGUUUAUAAUGCUCCUGUCUUUGCAGGGGGGCUUCGCGAACGACAAAGGAAGGAGUCCGAAAUGGCUCAGUCUGCUUUCGGACUUCAUCUCCAGGUCGGUGUGGCUUUCAUACGACGGGUUCUUCAAGAAGGUGUUUGGCGACGGAGAGCGCACACUU